UAUUCUCUUAUUUUGAUGUUUGGCUUUAACGAUGAUAUCACGAGCCCUCUUAGUGCUCAAAUUUUUGAAUUUUGUGAUCCGCAACUGUUUCAAGAAACCUUCAAUCAGUCCUCUGAAGUCACCUCUACUUCAAACAUUCUUGACAAAUCUGGGAGCGGCCAUGGCAAUAACAGUGGUAAUUCAAAUACCAACACAACCACAACAACCGAGAAUAGUAACACCUACACAAACAACAAAUUUCAAGAUGAUGAAGACGACAAUAUUAAUGCAGAUAUGUCCACAAUUUUCGAUUCACAUGAAGAUUUUGAAAACGACAUAGUCGCUUCAAUCGAUUUCUCAUCAUCCUCUAUGCAAUAUCCAGCUCUAGAUCAUCUCCUUACAAAAACAAAUGAAGACCAGUUUGAUUUCGCACCAGGAGUUCAAGCUGUUCAUCAGCUUCCUAACAUAUCAUACUCUGGAGACACUCUGACUCUACCACAUGUUCCCUCUUUAGCUCCUCUUCCUUUACCAUUAGAGGUUUUCGAAGAAGAUUGUCUUUCUUCUGUCCCAAGUUACAAUAUUGGCUUAAACCCUACUUCCCCUUUCUUCCGUACAUCCGGUUUACCAACAUAUAUGGUGAAUAUGAACACCAGUUUAUUAUCUUCUGAUAGCAAUUCCGGUUUAUAUCCUGGUUAUGUUCAUCCGGGAUCGGAAUUCAACAAACCAUAUGAUCAAUUGUUGGAUUUUCAAGCUGAUAAUGGUGGAUUAUUCCGGUUUAAUCCAGACGAUCUCCAGGCACUUAAUAGCAUCGAGGACCAGAGCCACUUAGUGGUACCUCAGACGCAUCCACCAUUAGGACCGGUCGAGGUAACCGGUUUAGAAGACUCUACGUUAAAUAAAGUAGUGAAACUCUCCUCCGAACAAAGGAAAGAGAAGAUUCAUAGGUACAUGAAGAAGAGGAACGAAAGGAACUUUGGCAAGAAAAUCAAGUAUGCAUGUAGGAAAACAUUGGCAGAUAGUCGUCCAAGAGUUAGAGGAAGAUUUGCAAAGAAUGAUGAAUUUGGUGAACUACAUAAACAUGGUUCUUCAAGCCAUCAUUAUGAGGAAGACGAGGACGGUGUGGGAGUGAAGGAUGAGGAACAAUUACUAGAUUCUUCAGACAUUUUUGCACACAUUAGUGGACCUAAUUCCUUCAAAUGCAACUACCCAAUUCAAUAUUGGACUUGAUUUCAAGUCCCACAUCUUAAUUAAAGACUCAUGUUUAUAACAUGAUUCUUAUAGUCUUAUAUGUAAGUUAAAUAGUACUUCUAUAGAGCUAUUACUUGUUACUUAAUUAGUAUAUUGAUCUCUUUUUUUUGUAUAUUGAUCUUUGUAACAAAACAAACGAAUAACUAAAAAGAAGAAGAGUAUAAAGCGCUUAGGCAGGUUUGGAUGAAAUAAAACAAUAGUGAAGAAGAAAAUUUAACUACGUUACGUAGAAUUUGAAACUUUUGUACCCAUACUUAUAUUUGAUAUAUGUGAUGUCUUGUAUUUUGAAUAGUUAAGUUGUAUUUUUUUCACCUGAAGACUAUAUAUAUGUGUGUAGAAACAUUUGAGUUUUAAUUUUGCUAAGUUCACAUUGUACACCUUUUUCGUUUGUGUACAUCAGAUAUCCUACGCCCUAGUGCUACCUACGAAUAUAUUUUUUCUAUAAACAAGAUUGAAUAGGCCAGUCUGAUUAUCAAUCAUGCAUGUCUAAUACCCGGUGAGGAUUGGGCCAACAAAGGUUUAUAGAUGGAUAAUUUAACAAGGGCUUCUCUUCUAUAUACUAGCUAAUAAAAGCUCAAAAUAUUUAGAAGACAGCAACCUUGAUACAUGCGUAGUAAAUGUCGAAUUGUCGAUCGUACAUUAGUUCCCAUAUAUAGUUUCUGAAUAGUCACUAAAGUUAAAAAAUAUUGUAGUAACUGUGUAGUAAAACAGUUUCUUAUAUUUUUCUUGAUUGUUUUCUUUUGAUCCGUUCCUGAAAAUUGAAAACCAUAUGUGAAAACUGAAAACUGACUUUAAGCGAAAAUUGUUAAAAUGGAAUUCACGAGCAAGUUAGUAAUUUCAACCAAACCGUUUAAAAGGCAGCGAUUAAACUAUA